AGGUGACUGUAGAACAAAAGUUUAUUAUAAAGUUGUCAUUUAUUUAUAAAUGUGAUUAGAAUGUGAGGAAUUUUGUUAACUUGUGCCUUGUGAAAACCAGAGACAUCAGGACAUGUAUCAAGUGAAGAUAUGAGACAUCAAUAGGGAGGUCUUGCAGUUCCCUUGCAGACAUGUAAUGAGAUCAAGGGCCUUCUGGGCCAUUUUGGUGGCCCACUUGGGAGGAAACUGUGGCCUCUACUGCCUCAUCACGCAGGUUCCCACCUUCAUUAAAACCGUCCUCCAGCAGGGUCUUCAAAUGAACACGACGUAUUCCUCGAUCCCGUACAUCACCAUGUUCUUGGUGAGCGUCACGGCCGGGCCGGCCAUCGACCACUUGCGCAACAACAACCACAUCAGCACCACGGCGGCCAGGAAGACCGGCGCCUCCAUCGGUUUGCUGAUGGCAAUGACCAAUACUUUGGCUUCUAUCGCCGGAAUCGCUGUACCUCAGAUGAUGUCAAUGCUAACAGCAGAAGACGAAGGGCGGUGCGAAGCGCGCUGGUGUGGGGGCGCAGCGGGGGGCGAUGGGAGGCAGAGGAAGUGAGCGAGCGAGCCGGCCCAGCGCCGCCCGCGCUCACUGCCCGCGCGCCCUCCGCCAUGUGCGGGCCGUCGGAGCGCGGCGACGAGGACAUCCUGCUGGGGCCGGAGGGGCCGUGCCGCGUGCCCGCGCGCUUCGUCUUCGCCGCCCUCGCCUCCGCCUGCUUCGCCAUCUCGUACGGCGCCAACGUGGUGCUGAGCGUGGCCAUCGUCGCCAUGGUCAACCACACCGCCAUCGACCGGCCGCACCGCGCCGACCCGGGCCUGUGGCCGACGGGCGCCAACGCCACCACGCACUGCCCCGAGCCGCCCGGCCACCACCACGACCAGGACGGGCCGUUCGCGUGGGACGACGUGGUGCAGGGCUACGUGCGCGGCGCCUACUACUACGGCUACCUGCUGGCGCAGCUGCCGGGCGCGCUGCUGGCGGAGCGGCGCGGCGCCAAGUGGGUGCUGUGGGCCGCCAACGCGCUCAACGUGGCCGGGCUGCUGCUCACGCCGCUCGCCGCCCGCGCCGGCUACGGCGUCUUCGUGGUUGCAGUGGUUGCGCUCGUGUGGUCGCAGGCGGUGACGUUCCCGGCCAUGCACGUCAUGAUGUCCAACUGGGCGCCGCCCGAGGAGCGCGGGGUCAUCGGCGGCAUCGUCUACGCAGGCACGUCGCUGGGCACCAUCGGCGCCACGCUGGUGGGCGGGUACGUGAGCGCGGCGGCCGGGUGGCCGUGGGUGUUCUACGCGCUGGGGCUGGCGUCGCUGCCGUGGUGCGCGCUGUGGGCGUGGCUGGUGGACGACCACCCGGCCACCGCCACCCACAUCUGCCAGCAGGAGCGCCUGCGCCUCUGCGACCAGCUCGGCCAGCCGCGCGACGCCGCCGCGCUGGAGUUGCCCGUGCGAGCCGUUUGCUCGUCGGGCGCCUUCUGGGCGCUGCUGGCGACGCACUUCUGCAGCAACUGCGGCUGGUACAUGUUCCUCACCGAGCUGCCGGGCUUCAUGCAGGAGGUGCUGCACAAGAACAUUAAGGAGAACGCGGGCAUCUCCGCCGUCCCGUACGUGCUCAUGUGGCUGCUGAGAAGGCUGAUGGCAAUUACUAACACAAUUGCAACAAUCCCUGGUAUUCUGAUGCCCAUUCUUAUUGGAGUAUUGACAGAAGGUCAAGAAACAUUGGCAAGAUGGAGUAUAGCAUUCUAUAUCACUGCUGCACUCUAUGCUCUCAUGUUUAUUGUCUUCACGUUUUGUGGAUCUGGUGAAGAACAACCAUGGAAUAACCCUGAUGAAGUGAUGGGAGGUUUACUUGAUCCAGAAUACAAUCCAGCGAACUUCAUUGAUUCACUUGAUCCUUAUUUCACCCAUGAAAGAACACAAGUGACAGCAUGAAUUAGUUUAUUUGAAUUGAUUUGUUUUUUAUCAAUUUAAGCUUUAUUAUAAAAGAGAAUAGUGAGGAUUGAAAGGACAAAUAACUAAAGGGGUAGGGAAGUAAAGAACAGCAGACCAGGGCAAAGAGGAAGAGUUAAAUUAUAAAAUAUUGGUAAAGAAAACACCCUUUGGCUUAUUUUUUAAAUGGAUAAUAAGAACAUUUUCAUCAUGAUUGAUAGACUUAACAUUCAUCUUAAAAUAUUAGUUGAAAGACUAUUCACCAUAAAAGACUGAAUAAAAACACUGAAUCUAUAAUUUCAACAAUUCACAACUGAUUUUUAUAUAUACCUUGUAUUUCAACCUAUCAUGUAUGAAUUCAAUACAUGCAUUUAAUUUUAAUGGACAUGUGAAAAGUUGUGGUGAAUUCUUAACAGUGGGCUUUGAAAAUUAAGUUCCCACUGAAAGAAAUUUAGCAUUAGUUACAAUCCAAUCUUCAUGGGUCAUAUCCUUGCUUGUACCCGAGUAAAAAAAUUAAAGAAAAUUCAUAUUUAUGGAUGAACUAACUCUAGUCACCACUUAGAUUUUUGUGAAUAAAGUUCAGCAUAUUUUUAGCUAUUUAUUAUAAUAAAAUUUGGAAAAGACAGAAACAAAAGAUAUUGUUGUGAUUGAUAUCAUAUUUUAUUAUACAAUUGUACCUAAUGUUAGAUUAGAGGUAAUUACUAACUUUAGCUUACUUAUAACUAGUCUAACGGCACAACAACGCUACUAAUAGAUAUAAAAAGUUAUUGUAUUAUUUAACACUACUACAACGUUGAACAUUGUUCUCAGCAUUUUCCAAAAUACAAAUAAGAAAGGCACAAUAUAUUGAAAACAAAAUUUUCUCAUUGUAACAGGAGGGCGGGGAGAGAAGUUUAUGGAUUGGUUGACAUCUCAUGAAUAUCUUAAUAAUAAAAUAUAUUUAAUUUUAUAGAGUCUUGGAAUAGCAAAACCUAUAUAUCUGUCAUUGUUUUGUUUAAAUAUUUUUGUUAGUGAAUGUGUUUUCUUUACUGUGUAAUUUUAUAAUAAAUAACUAAUGUGCAACCCAAGAAAAAGGGACUCUAACCUUUCUUCAUGACAAUUUCAAUAUGUUAUUUCAUUUUAAUAUGACAUCUAUGAAAUCAAGAUCUCAGGAAAAUUAGAAAUUGUAUUGAAAUUUGAAGGAGAAGAAGCAAGGAAAAAUGAAGAAGGAAGAGAAAGAAAGGAAAAAAGAAAGAAAAAAAACAUUUGGUAAUGAGUACCUUUUGUUUUUUUCAGUCUGUAAACACUCUGUAGUGUAGUGUAGUGCAAGUCAGUGGUUGAAAUAGUGUCCCUCAAAGUAAUGUUUUUUUGUCCAUGCGACCGACUUGCUUUUACUUUGUUUCAUAAUUUUGAUGGAGCUGACAGAUAAUCUAAAGAAUAUGAUAUUGUUCUUUAUUUAUCAAUGAGCUACAGUAAUUGACUAGAUCAUUCACUGGGAAACAAGAAAGGUAAAGAUCCAGAGAUAAGUAUUAUUUCAGUGGAUGGAAAAGUAAUAUUUUUGCAUGGAGAUCAUGCAUUAUUAAAAUUAUGAAAAUGAUAUAGUAUUACCCAGACAAGCAAGGCCUGAAGUCCGGGCUCCUCAAUCCAAAAUUGGGAAUUUUCUUACAAAUUUCAUUUGAUACAAAAAUAUAUUAAUGUAAAUGAAUAAUUUUCUAAGUGACAACAUAAACCAGGAAAAAGGGCACUUCAUCUAAUAACCCGGCAAUAUGCACACCAUUUGUAUUAACGAAUUAAUGCACACAGGAUGACUCAGACACCCUUCAGUAAAAAUGACAAGAAAACAGUAAAUAAUGCUCUCUUUUGUUACUUUAAUAAAUAAGAGUGUAUUUUAAAGUUUAUAUAAAGACUUUGGAAACAAGGACAGGUAAUUUACAAAUUUCUAUGAAUUUUCUUUUUCCAAACUACCUUUAUGAAACUUCAAGUGUUUAAUGCAUGAACUUCACACAUUGAAGAGAGUGAUGUAUGGUAGUUCUUUUGCUUUUGCAUCAUGAAUUGAUAAAAACUCUUCGGUGCUAAAAAAUUAAAAUAAUCAAAAUGUAAUAAUACUAAUAAUGUACUGCAAAAAUUUUACAACGUAAUAUAAAUGUAGUACUGUAUCAUAUUAUGAAUAUAUUAGUCAACCUAAGAAUAGUUAAUGUAUAUUUCUCACCAGUACUUUAGUUCACAACAGAAACUAGCAUAAAAGGCAU